GGGCUAAGGUGCACUGAGCCGACUCUGCUUCUCCACCCGUAAAGCUGGGAUCGCCCGGUGGGGUAACCGGGUGAGCCGAGGCUGAGAUUUCUCCGAAGACCAGGCGCGGCCGAUGCUUCCUAUCGACGAGGGACCACUGCUAUGGAAACCAGAGAGUUGGUCCGGCAGGGAUCGUGGCCCCGGGAUCGUGACGGGUCUUCACUCUCCCCGAGACGCUCGCCCGAGGCUUCGUUGCGCGGCUGCUUUCUGAACGAACCCGCCCGCCCUCCUACGGGAAAGAGUUUUCUGUGGACACAGCCUAGCAGAAAGGUGCAGCCCUCACACUUGGCUGACUGCUGACCCCACCACCUUGAUGACAGCGCCCCCGCCUGCCUUCCCAGUUCAGUUCCGACCGCCCUCAGUCAGCGGCCUCUCACAGAUCACCAGAAGCCUCUAUAUCAGCAAUGGUGUGGCUGCCAACAACAAGCUCUUGCUGUCCAGCCACCAGAUCACCACGGUCAUCAACGCCUCGGUGGAGGUGGUGAAUACCUUAUACGAGGAUAUCCAGUACGUGCAGGUGCCUGUAGCCGAUGCCCCCGUUUCGCAUCUCUAUGACUUUUUUGACCCUAUCUCCGACCACAUCCAUAGCGUGGAGAUGAAGCAGGGCCGCACGCUGCUGCACUGUGCUGCUGGCGUGAGCCGCUCGGCCACCCUGUGCCUUGCCUACCUCAUGAAGUACCACGCCAUGUCCCUGCUGGAUGCCCACACAUGGACCAAGUCGUGCCGGCCCAUUAUCCGGCCCAACAAUGGCUUUUGGGAGCAGCUCAUCCACUAUGAGUUCCAGCUGUUUGGCAAGAACACUGUGCACAUGGUCAGCUCCCCCAUGGGAGUCAUCCCUGACAUCUAUGAGAAGGAGGUCCGUUUGAUGAUUCCACUGUGAGCCAUCCUGCCAGCCCCUGCAUUGGGGUUAGAGGUACAGAUCUGUUGUUGAUCUGCACCAAGAUCUGAACUUGGACAUUCUACUUUUGAUAAUACCGAAAAAAACAGAUGAUGCCUUUUAUAAGGGCCAGAAGAAAGAAAGGGUUGCUGCAUCUUUUAAUCUGCUAAUCCAUAUCUUUUUUUUUUUUUUUUAAAGAUGACCGGUAAGGGGAUCUUAACCCUUGACUUGGUGUUAUCAGCACCACGCUCUCCCAAGUGAGCCACGGCCCCUAAUCCAUAUCUUUAAAGAAUAAAGUCACUAAUUGUAAGAGGGUGAAGAUAACUUUUCUACCCUGUGGGUGGCCAGCCAUGGCUGCUGGCCAGAGGGUAGGGUGGGGCAGGUGGUACCCAGGACAGAGACUAGCACCCAGUGCACUUGGCAGGCCUGGAAUCCUGAAGCCCUCCCCAGGACUGGCUAACCCAGGAAUGAUUCUGCCACAAUCCCAUCUUGUUCUUUCAGACCCAAAGCCAGAGCCUUAAGCAUCACGGCACCUCCUGUGCUUUUCACAGUGUCAACCUACUGGAUAAGUGGCUUUCAAGUGCUACUCCAGGAUCCCAGGGGACCCCAGACCAUCCCUGCUUCCACUUUCACCACAGUGGCCCAACUCUGG